UGGAUUUUCCAAUAUGGCAGAUUGUGUUGAACGGCACUAUGGUUCGUGUUGUUAGAAGAGCGUCAUGCCGUGUGCACGCCUGUUUGUAGUGUGUAUCCGACGUAUGGCACAUCUGUAAACAUUCUCAAGAAUGGCUACGAGGGAACCAAAGGCCAUCAGCAGUCUUUCCCCUGAGUCUACGAAAGUUAUUGCCGAGUCUGUCGGCAUUUCGAAUCUGCCGGAUGAAGCGGCGAAAGAACUUGCGGACGAGAUCACUUACAGACUCAAAUUGAUAGCACAGGAUGCAAGUAAAUUUAUGGGCCAUGCAAAGAGACGAAAACUAUCAACUAUGGAUUUUGAUAACGCAUUAAGAAUGAAAAAUAUUGAGCCUCUUUAUGGCUUUCACUGCCCCGACUACAUCCCGUUCCGUUAUGCAAGUGGAGGUGGCCGGGAACUCUGCUUUAUCGAGGAGAAAGAGCUAGAGCUUAAUGAUGUCAUUAGUUCACAACUUCCCAAGCUUCCUCUCGAUAUCUCGUUAAGAGCUCACUGGCUUAGCAUAGAAGGCAUUCAACCAACCGUACCUGAAAAUCCACCACCAGUCUCCAAAGAUCUCCAGAGGAUAGAAAGCAUAGACCCGGUGACAAAGCUUAAUAAAGCUAUCCUACCUGGAAACAAGGUGCCAGGUCUUCCAGUGAAGCAGGAACGCACAAAGCAUGUUGAAACAGUCAAAGUAAAGCAGCUUGCCACCCACGAGCUGUCUGUGGAGCAACAACUGUAUUACAAAGAAAUCACGGAAGCAUGUGUUGGAUCCGACGAUUCUAGGCGCGCAGAAGCGCUCCAGAGUUUGGCCUCCGACCCAGGACUGCAUCAGAUGUUACCACGACUGUGCACUUUCAUUUCGGAAGGGGUGAAAGUGAAUGUCGUACAAAAUAACCUUGCCUUCCUAAUUUACCUCAUUCGGAUGGUGAAGGCUCUCCUCGACAACCAGACGCUGUACCUCGAGAAAUACCUGCAUGAACUGAUUCCUUCAGUAGCCACAUGCAUUGUGAGCAGGCAGCUGUGCACCAGACCUGACGUGGAUAACCACUGGGCACUCAGGGACUUUGCUUCCCGUCUUAUGGCACAAAUCUGCAAGAACUUUAACACAAGCACCAACAACGUACAGACACGGGUGACACGGAUGUUUAGUCGUGCCCUGCAGAAUGAUAAGAUGCCUCUGGCGUCGCAUUACGGAGCAGUGUCUGGUCUCAACGAGCUGGGGCCAGAAGUGGUCCGUGCCUUUGUAUUGCCACGCGUGAGGCAAUUGGGAGAAAAGGUGCGCCAAUGCCUGGAAGAACCCGGGGUGUCUCCAGUCGACAAAAAGGCAGCCGAGCACAUCAAGCAGCUGGCAGUGAGAGUGGUGGCUCCGGUGCUGAAGGCGACCAAGUCCCCACCGGACAUCCUGGACGACUACAAGGUCGAGUACGGCUACUUGGGCCCCCUGCUCCAUUCGCAGGUCGUACGGGCGCGGAUGCAACCCGCCACCACUACCUCGGUUGCGCGCAACACGCUCACUGUAUCCCAGCCUACUCGACUUCUACAAGCAACACCUCGUACGCCUACUUUGGUCCAGGCACCGCGGUUGCCAGCUGCUAGUCUCGGUGGUGGACCUCAGAAGUACGUGAUAGUGACCUCCAACCCGUCCCGCCCACCUGCUCCGCCGAGCCCCCUGGUGGUGCCACCCAACAGCAGUGUGGGUGCUACGCCCACCCUCGUCAAAAUAGUGACAGCUGCGCCGACACAGUCUACCCUUCCGUCCAAGGGCAUGGCAACAAGUGCUCCGCUUACAAAAGUGGUAGUGGUGACAAUGGCACAGCCUUCUUCAGUUGCCAUGAAGAGCGUUUUUUCACCGUCUACUUCAAUAGCACAGCCUGCCAUGCUGGAUGGCAUAGCAAACCCGGACAUUACGGUGAAGGAAGAGCCAGAGGACAUGGAGCAGUCGUGAAGUGGAGUGAGGGAGGGAGGGAGAAAUGACAUAUUGGAGGUGGCUACCAUGUUAUUGUUGGAGUGUAUUCAUACGUUUGUGUUCAUUCUGCUGGCUAUCAUAUCUGUUUGUGCAGAAGGAGACUGUGUUCAUCGCAAAAACUUUGCAAUCAUCUGGAGAUCUUCCAAUGCUGUUACCUACAACACAGCCAAUUUUGUUUCUGGUGAUGUUUAUAAAAUACCUGCAAUGCGUAGAAGUUUACAUUUGA